UGAUGUCAUUUAAAUGGUUCAUUAUAUGCCUUGUACUGCCAAGUAUAACAAUUGGAAUGAAUAAGAAAUUUAAAUGUCCUGAAGAAUGUACAUGCUCUUUAGAUGAUCGUGGACGUUUACAAACUUUAUGUUUAAAGGGUGGAAUGAAGAAAAUACCAAUAUUAGAAAUUGAUAAAGAUGUCAAAACUUUGAUUAUUAAGGGCCCAAAAAAUACUAUAACAAUUGGUCCAAUUUUCAUGAAUCAUAUAAAUUUAGAAAUAAUUAAAAUCGUAGAUUCAAAUAUACCAGCAAUAGGAAUAAAUACAUUUUGGGGAUUAAAAAAUUUAAAAAUAUUAGAUCUUUCCAGGAAUAAUAUUACACAAAUUUCUGACAACAAUUUUCGUGGUCAGGAUAAUCUACUCGAACUGGAUUUGUCAAAGAAUAAAAUUUAUCAAAUUACACAAAGUCAAAUAUUUUAUCAUUUAAAAGAUUUACGUAGACUUAACUUAGCAGAUAAUUCAAUUGAAGAAUUAGGACAAAGAGUAUUUUAUUUAUUAUCAAAAUUGAAAUAUUUGGAUUUAAGCGGUAACCCAUUAAGAGAUUUACAACCAGAUGUUUUCAGAGAUGUUCCAGAAUUAAAAGUAUUAAAAUGUCGUAAUUGUCAAUUAAAGAAAAUCAACCCACAACUUUACACUUAUCUUAAACAUUUAGAUGAACUUGAUUUGGGUCGAAAUGAGUUUGAAUUUCUUUACAAAGAUGAAUUCCAGGAUUUGGUGAAACUAACAAAGAUUUCAUUAGAUGGAAAUAGGUUACCAGUUGUGGUCGAUGAACUUUUUCGAAUGCAAAAAUCUUUGCAAUAUCUUGAUUUAUCAUAUAAUCGAUUAGCAAAAAUACCAAAUACAGCAUUCUCCAGCCUUUCAAAUUUAACAUAUCUGGAUUUAUCAUAUAAUAAGCUGGUAAGAUUAGAAUCACAAGCUGUUCAAUAUCUAACGAGACUGAAAACAUUAAAUAUUAGUGGUAAUAUACAAAUGGAUUUGCAUGAAAUGCGUAGUUCAUUUGAGUUUCUUUCCCAUUUAACAAGUUUAGCAGUAGCCGAUAUGGGUAUUUUACCGAUGGGUUUAUUGGUGCCUUUCAAAGAACUUCGUUAUUUAAACAUAUCUGGAAAUCAUUUGGACAGCAUUCAAGUCAUCAAUCCGUGUCCUUCACUUGAGUUUUUGGAUUUGUCACGGAAUCAGUUGAAAGGAAUAAAUGAUGAUUCUGCCCUAAGGAUUAAAGAUAUACGAAAUGUUAGGCUUGACAACAAUCCACUAAUUUGUGAUUCAUGUCACAUGGGAACAUUAAUAGAUAUCGUUAGAAAU